CUCUGCAAUGGGCGCUUAAAAUACUCACCUAAUCCCCGAAUCCGGACGAUUUCUUCUCGACUCCAAUAUGGAUUCAAUCGCGGUUCUCAAUGCGGCAGAGACAGCAGCAGAUUUGGAUUAAAGUAUUGGAGGAUUCUGUACGAGCGUUAUCUUUUUAUGGCUUGUGUUGGAUACAGAGGUGUAUAAAGCAUAUGCUCUGCACAAGCGUAGGCACGACUGGCGUUCUCCUUUUCUUAGGGGGAUUUUUAGUGUGAAUUUGAUUGUUUUUGUUCGUUUUCUGAAUUAUCCGCAGCUUUGCUGCUUCUGUUGGUGUGUUUUUUGUGUUUUUUUUGGAUUUGAGGAAGCAAUCGCGUCUGGAUUCGUGAUCAGUUGCUUCUGUUGAUGGUAGUUUGGCGGAAUCGGUGCAGAUUGUGUUUUGUGUUUUUGAGUUUUUGUUGUUUGGAUCUUCAAGUAGAACAAGAUGCCGCAUAGAACGACUUACUUCUUUCCUCGGCAAUUUCCGGACCGAAAUUUGAACGAAUCGUCGAAGUUCGUAGAGGAACACGAGAAGAAAUUUGAGAUCGGCGAUGGAAAGGCAGAGGUGCGUCAAUUCGAAGACGUCGCAAUCAAACCAGAAAGAAACAAGUUCGACGCUACUCGUGCGGAUAAAGACGAUGAAAGCAACAGCUAUCGUGUUGUCUCUCAUGGAGUCACGGGGGACAAGAUUCACGGAAAGCAGCUGGCCGCCUUCGUAAAGUGGCUUUCCGACAAGAAAAAAAGAGAGAAAUCAAAAAGCCAUGCCGAUCCUGUGAACAUCACCUUGUACGAAAACGACGACGACGUUAUUGAAGUCGCAGAUGAAGUGAGACAGCGCCUUUUGCCACCGCCGGCGGUGGAGUCUGACCGGCGCCACAGUACUCUCCGGCGACGGUUUAAUAACGGAAGUAGCUAUAAUAGCCCCGCGGAUCAUGCCCAGGCAAAGGAAAGGGGAUUCGAGAGGCAAGCUUCUCUCCAGAGAUUAUCCAGCUGCGGGAGCACGAGUUACGCCGGGAGCUUGUUUUCAGGGACGACUGUGGACGGAAAUUGGUCAUCGCUUACUAGUGGAGUACUCAAGGAUUCCUCCGCCAUUAAAGAGGAUGCUGAGGAGGAUGACCGCAGAGUAAGAGAAGAUGAAGAAAACGGAUUGGCGCUGAGGUACAACGAAGGUUACCAAUUGCAGUUGCUCCUCGCCAAACGCCUCGCUGAGCAGGCGACGCUUACAAUCGAGCCUCUGCUUCGGCAAGAACGGAGAAUUUGUGAGGGCGUUAUAAUUGGCGGAUCUUCUGACGCUGAAAUUGUCUCCUAUCGUUUUUGGGUGAGUGGUUGUUUGUCGUACGCCGACAAAAUUUCCGAUGGUUUCUACAACAUUUUGGGAAUGAAUCCCUACCUCUGGCUGAUGUGUAACGAUAUGGAGGAUGGUGGGAGGAUGCCUUCAUUAAUGGCGUUGAAAGCAGUUGAACUGGACGAGGCAUCUUUGGAGGUGAUUCUUGUAGACAGACGAGGAGAUUCACAGCUGAGGGAGCUCGAAGAUAAAGCUCAAGAGAUGUUUUUUUCGACCGAGAGUAUGCUAGCCCUGGCGGAGAAGCUUGGCAAAUUAGUUGCUGUCUAUAUGGGGGGCUCCUUUCCUGUGGAGCGUGGCGACCUUAAUCUUUGCUGGAAAGUGGUCAGUGAACGCCUAAAGGAUUUCUACAAAUGCAUUGUGAUUCCAAUAGGUAACUUAUCGGUGGGACUUUGCCGGCACCGAGCUAUAUUGUUUAAGAAACUAGCAGAUUAUGUAGGUUUGCCUUGUCGGAUUGCACGCGGUUGCAAAUAUUGUGUUUCGGACCACCAGUCUUCGUGUCUUAUUAGAAUUGAAGACGAAAGGAAACUUCUAAGGGAGUUCGUAGUUGAUCUAAUUGGACAACCGGGGAACAUCCACGGUCCAGAUGCAUCAAUUAAUGGAUGUUCAGUGUCGUCUGUGCCUUCGCCGUUUCAAAUAUCACAUUUAAAAGAAUUUCAGCAAGAUCUAAACGAUGAGAUAGACCAUCAAUCAACAAACUUGAAGCAUGCAUAUAUCAGUAGCAAUCCUACAUAUUCAGUCAAUGGAAAUGAAGUGAAGGAUAUUAUUUUUCCCGAAAUCCCAAGAGAUGAUGGGUGUGGCCUCGAAGUUCUUGAUGUUACUGGUACUGCUAUAUCCGCAGGUAAUUAUUCUCGUCCGGGGGUUGAUAGGAUUAUCCUAAAACAAUCUUACGAAGAGAAGAUGGUUGUAGCAGAUGUGGUUUCUUCUCAAGGUGACAUACCUCCGAAAGUAACCUUUCCUGGAAGUGACGAUUUAAUGGAGAUUGAAAAUAAGUGCAAGGAUCAUGGCAAGCACACUGCUGCCAUAAUUCCAAGAUACUUGAAUCUGGAGCCUUCUCUUGCCGUAGAUUGGCUCGAAAUCUCAUGGGAUGAAUUACGCAUCAAGGAACGCAUUGGUGCUGGAUCAUUCGGCACUGUGCAUCGAGCUGAGUGGCAUGGAUCGGAUGUUGCAGUUAAGGUUCUAACUGUUCAAGAUUUUCAAGAUGAUCAGUUGAGGGAGUUCCUCAGGGAGGUUGCCAUUAUGAAACGUAUCCGUCAUCCAAAUGUAGUUCUCUUCAUGGGAGCUGUUACCAAGCGUCCACAUCUAUCAAUAGUAACCGAGUACUUACCGAGAGGAAGCCUAUAUCGAUUGAUACACAGACCAGCCGCAGAGGAAAAUUUAGACCAGAAGCGCCGACUACGCAUGGCUCUCGACGUGGCAAAGGGCAUCAAUUAUCUCCACCGUCUUACCCCUCCCAUUGUUCAUUGGGAUCUAAAGUCUCCAAACCUAUUGGUCGAUAAGAAUUGGAGUGUUAAGGUGUGCGAUUUUGGUUUGUCGAGGUUCAAAGCGAACACAUUCAUCCCGUCGAAGUCUGUUGCUGGAACACCGGAAUGGAUGGCCCCCGAAUUCCUCCGCGGAGAGCCCUCCAACGAGAAAUCCGACGUGUAUAGUUUCGGAGUAAUUUUAUGGGAGCUCGUCACAAUGCAACAACCUUGGACCGGACUUGGCCCCGCCCAGGUGGUCGGCGCCGUGGCUUUCCAGAAUCGACGGCUGACAAUCCCCCCAAACACCUCGCCGAAAUUGGUGUCGCUUAUGGAGUCCUGCUGGGCCGACAACCCGGCGCAACGACCGUCGUUUGGCGAAAUAGUUGAUACAUUGAAGAAGCUUCUGAAAUCUCCAUUGCAGCAGCUAAUACAAACAGGCUGUACGUGAGCUAUAUCAUCAGGUACGUCGUAUAUACCCGCUGUUGUUCGACUGCCUUAUUUUCGGUUUUUCAUUUUCAUUUUUAUUUUUCGUGUUUGUUUUUUUUGGUUUACAACGUGCUUAUUUAUCUUGUAAUGAGCAAGAUUUGUGGUACUGCUAGAAAUGGCUUACUGAUAAAUUGGGGGAUGGACGCCAUACAGUUAGUUAUCUUAACAAUAAAAUUUUGUCAGCAACUCUGCUUUCAAGUCUCUUAACUGUAAGAUAUGGACAAUCAAAUUCAAGGCUUGUUGCUACAAAGAAGUUUAUGAAAUCGCAUUUCUAUUUAUGAACACGCUUUUAGAUA